AUGAUAAUUAUGAACCAAACAUAUGUGACACCAGCCUUAUUUAUUCUUAAUAGGAUCCCAGGACUGGAAGGCACACGCAUGUGGAUUUCUUUCCCAUUCUGCUCCAUGUAUGUUGUGGCCAUGGCAGGAAAUUUUGGAUUUCUCUACUCCAUCUGCUAAGAGGACUCCCUGUACAGGUCCAUGUAUUACUUCUUGGCUAUGUUUUCCCUAACUGACCUUGUCAUGUGCUCUAGUACAAUCUCUAAAGCUCUCUGCAUCUUCUGGUUUCAUCUCAAGGAAAUUGGCUUCGAAGAAUGCUUAGUUCAGAUGUUCUUCAUCCAUACCUUCACAAGAAUGGAAUCUGGGGUUCUUAUGCUCAUGGCCCUCGACCGCUAUGUGGCCAUCUGCUACUCUCUGCAUUACUCAACUAUCCUCAUCAAUCCCAUCAUUGCAAAGGUUGGGCUUGCUACUUUCCUGAGAGCGGUGUUGCUCAUCAUUCCCUUUAUCUUCAUCACCAAAAGACUACCCUAUUAUAGAAGCAAUGCAAUACACCAUACAUACUGUGACCACAUGUCUGUUGCCAAGUUAUCUUGUGGAAAUAUCAAGGCCAAUGUUAUCUAUAGUCUGAUAGCUGCCUUCUUGAUCAGGGACUUUGAUAUCCUGUGCAUCACAAUCUCUUAUACCGUGAUCCUCCAGGCAGUAAUCAGCCUCUCCUCAGCUGACACUCCACAGAAGGCCUUCAGCACCUGCACUGCCUACAUCUGUGCCAUUGUUUUCUCCUACAGCCCAGCUUUCUUCUGUUUCUUUUUUAAUCACUUUGGGAGUCAUACAGUUCCUGCAUCUUGCCACAUUAUUGCGGCCAAUAUUUAUCUGCUACCUCUCACUAUGAACCCUAUAGUCUAUGGGCUGAAAACCAAGCAGAUAUGA